UGGCAGCGGCAGCAGCGGGGACGCGGCUGGCGCGCGGGCACCAUGAACCCGUUGUAAAGCGCAGGCUGCGCGGGGGGGGGCGGGGGGAGGAGGAGGCCGCCGCGGUGAAGUUCUCCGCCAUGAACCUGAGGGGCCUCUUCCAGGACUUCAACCCGAGUAAAUUCCUCAUCUAUGCAUGUCUGCUGCUAUUCUCUGUGCUACUGGCCCUUCGUCUGGAUGGCAUCAUUCAGUGGAGUUACUGGGCUGUCUUUGCACCAAUAUGGCUGUGGAAGUUAAUGGUCAUUGUUGGAGCCUCCGUUGGAACUGGAGUCUGGGCACGAAAUCCCCAGUAUCGAGCAGAAGGAGAAACAUGUGUGGAAUUUAAAGCCAUGCUAAUUGCAGUGGGCAUCCACUUACUCCUGUUGAUGUUUGAAGUGCUGGUCUGUGACAGGAUUGAGCGAGGCAGCCAUUUCUGGCUUCUGGUCUUCAUGCCCCUGUUCUUUGUUUCCCCGGUGUCUGUUGCAGCUUGUGUUUGGGGCUUUCGACAUGACAGGUCACUGGAGUUAGAAAUCCUGUGUUCUGUCAACAUUCUCCAGUUUAUAUUCAUUGCCUUAAGACUGGACAAGAUCAUCCAUUGGCCCUGGCUUGUAUGUAACAUUUUAAAGCUUUAAAUAAACUUUUUUAUUAUAAAAAUAUUUUGUGUUCAUUGUACAAAACUUAGAAAGGACAGAUAAGCAUACAUAAUAGAAUAAUAAUAACUCAUAAUCUGGGAGAUAAGAUGUUUAGAAUAUUUUUUUCUUGUUUUGUGGUUUAUUGUUUCAUAAUGAUAGUUGAGAGCAUACCACAUGUAUAAUUUUGUAUCUUACUUUUUUGUCUUAAUGUAUCAUAAACAUUUUCCCAUGUAAAUAAAAGGUCUUUAAAACCAUAACUGUUAAAGUUUAAUUGAUGGAAAAUAUUCUUCAAAUGCAUCUACCAAACCAUCCCCUUAUUUCUGACUAUUGAGGUUCUUACCAGUGUUUCAGCAUUAUAAAUCAUGUUGCAGCAUAUAUUUUUGUGCAUUAAAGUUUUGCCUAAUUUAUUCAUUGUUUUCGUAUGAAAGACUCCAAAAACAGUAUUAGUAGACCAGCGGGUGGGAACUUUUAGAGAUUUUGAAAUAAAAACUGAACUGCCA